AUGGAUGAAGUCGGAACGCUGACGGUGUCGGACGACCAACUGAAGCGCGAGCGAUACGUGGCGAGCAAUCGAUUUCGGGUGCAGGAGGGGAAGGGACCGGCGUUUGAAAAGCGAUGGGCCGAACGACCGAGCCGAUUGGCCAAGCUGCCGGGAUUUAGGUACUUCACGCUGAUGCGACGAGUGGAACCGCCGAGCGACGUCGCGACGACGUACGACGAAGACGAGGCAAACUACGUGAGUUUUACGAUCUGGGAGACCAAGGAUGGGUUCGAUGGUUGGCGCAAGGGUGACGCGUUUAAGGAAGCGCACGGGGGUGGUACGAUUUUUGGGUUCAUGUCCAUGUUGGUGAGCUCGCUUAUGAUUUUGAAGGGCGGGCCGAAGCCGGCGUUUUACGACGGGUUGUUGUCGCUCUCCGCGGCGCCGUCGGAGAACUCGAGAAAGUGGCAAGCCGAAGACGGAUGGCGACAAAUCCCCGCUGACGGUAAGAAUCCAAUCGAUGCCGACGUGUUCGUGGCGAUGAAUCGUUUCAAGGUUCGCCCGGGCAAAGAGGCGGCUUUCGAGAAACAGUGGGCCGAGCGCGAGUCCGAGCUUAAAGAGAUGCCAGGUUUCACGACGUUUUUACUCUUGCGUCGCGAUGCGGUGACGCCGGACGAUGGGUACAACUACUCGACGUACACGGUGUGGGAAAAUCGCGCGGCGUUCGAUAACUGGCGCGCGACGAAGAAGAAGCCGGCGGCGCGCGAGGGAGAACCUCUCUUUGAAGGCGCGCCGAAGCCAGUGUUUUACGAGGGCGUUCUAGCACUUCUCGACGCCGCGGGGGCUUAG